AGCUCCAUCAGUAUUAUAACAAUCAAGGACGCUUUCCGAACAGCAAAGUGAUCCUGUGUUUUGGAGAAGAAUUUCCAGAUGCCGUCCCCUUGCGUUGCAAGCUGAUCUUGGUGGAGAUCGAGCAGCUGAGCAUCCGGCAACUGGUGGAGGAAGCCCGUAAGAAUGAAACCGGCCCCAUGGGGCACCCAGCCGGAGAGGAGGUGCAUUACGAUCCGAUGUACAGGAACUUCCAGGAUUCUUGUGGGCCUCACCAAAGGCCCAUUUUCAGAGAAAACCAGCAAAUUACCGUUUGAGACUCCGGAGAAGUCUAGUUCAUCCGUUUUUUUUCCAAGCUAUUUUUUUUAAUUCUUCUUCCUCCCCCGCUCCAUCUUACAGCUUAGACCUUCCCCAACUUCAGUUGAAUUUUUUUUUAUAAAAAAAAGGUUUUGUAUGUAAAUAUAUAACGGGGUUGAAAUAAUUCAAUUCAGUCUUUAUUGCGGUAAACAGACCAGCACACACGAAAAAUUAAAUGUUAAAAUAAAGCAGAACCGAACAGAACAAGGCACAAUAACGUGUUACAAUUGAUGGGGAAAUCGUCACUGGGGGACCAAAUUCUGCCUAACUUUACAGAGUCAUCGUCAUCGUCCUCCUCCUCCUCUUCCUCCUCCUCCUCCCCUCCCCCUCUUUUCUGCAAACCUUACUCAGUUCUAACACUGGUGAUGUUCCCUUGUUGGGUCAUGAAACAUCUGCAAGAAAACCACCA